AGCUCCAACGCUGACUAACCUGUUUAGCAGGAAGGAGCAAAGCUCACAACAGAACAGCGCUGUAACAUUCAGCUAAACUGAUAUGACAUAUAGGAUGACCAAUAAUAUUUGUAAACAAUCAAAACAAAGAUUCAAGACUAAGAAACAAUGGCAGGUAAAACAGAUUUCUGAGUUCAGUUGACUUUUCAAGAGUAAACAUUCAUCAAAAGUGAAACUAAACCUUCAAUUCAAAAAGCCAUAACAGAGAUAAGCAGUGAGAAAUGGCCUCUAAAGCUUCUCUCUCCGAGGAUGAUUUCUCCUGUCCAGUAUGCUGUGACAUCUUCAAGGAUCCUGUGGUCCUGUUGUGUAGCCACAGCUUCUGUAAGGCCUGUCUGGAGGAAUACUGGAAACAGAAGACAUCUCGGGAAUGUCCAGUCUGCAGAAAGAAAUCAUCAAUGGAAUUCCUCCCCAGUAACCUGGUUUUAAAGAACCUGUGUGAGGCCUACUUACACGAUAGAAGCCAGAGAGCUUCAGCAGGGCCUGAGGUGCUCUGCAGUCGACACAGUGAGAAACUCAAGCUCUUCUGUCUGGAGGAUAAACAGCCCAUCUGUUUUGUGUGUCAAACUUCCAAAAAGCAUAAAAGCCAUGACUGCUGCCCAAUAGAUGAAGCUGUACUGGAUCAUAAGGAGGAACUCAAGACUGCACUGGAGCCCUUACAGGAGAAGAUGAAGGUCUUCAGAGAAGUUAAACUGAGCUGUGAUCAAACAGCCAACCACAUCAAGAGCCAGGCCCAGCACACAGAGAGGCUGAUUAAGAUGGGGUUUAAGAAGUUGCAUCAGUUUCUAUAUCAUGAAGAGAGAGCCAGGAUAGCUGAACUGAAGGAGGAAGAGGAGCAGAAGAGUCAGAUGAUGAAGAAGAAGAUUGAGAAGAUGAGCAGAGAGAUAUCAUCACUUUCAGACACAAUCAGAACCAUAGAAGAAGAGCUGGGAGCUGAGGACAUCUCAUUCCUGCAGAACUACAAGGAUACAGUGAAAAGAGCCCAGUGUACACUGCCAGAUCCAGAGAGGGUUUCAGGAGCGCUGAUCGAUGUGGCAAAGCACCUGGGAAACCUGCCGUUCAGAGUCUGGGAGAAGAUGCAGGGAAUAGUCCACUACACUCCAUUGACUCUGGACCCCAACACUUCCCACCCACAUCUCAUCCUGUCUGAUGAUCUGACCAGUGUGAGAUACAGUGAUGAGGAACAUCAGCUUCCUGACAACCCAGAGAGGUUUGAUGAGGAAGAAACUGUCCUGGGUUUUGAGGGUUUUAACUCAGGAACACACAGCUGGGACAUUGAUGUUGGGGAGAAUAUGUACUGGUACCUGGGUGUGAUCACAGAGUCUGUCCAGAGGAAGGGAGACAGUGGACUUUGGGAUGGAUCCUGGGGUAUGUUGUUUGGUGGUGGUGAUUAUAAAACGCAUGUACCAAAGCAGCCACUCACUCCCCUCACAGUGAGACAGAAUCCCCAGAGGAUCAGAGUGCAGCUAGACUGGGAAGGAGGAAAGCUGUCAUUCUCUGACCCUGUCAGUAACACACAUCUACACACAUUCACACACACUUUCACUGAGAGAGUCCUUCCAUUCAUCUGCACUGGCUUUUGUCCCCUCCCUCUCAGGGUUUUACCAGGGAAGGUGACUGUAUCAGUGGAUACUGUCUCUGUCUGAAUCAGGGACUAACAGGAUGUAAAUGAGUCAGUAACACUCACUGAUGUCCUUCAUUAAGAUUCUGACAGAGGGAGGACACACUGUGAUGUAGUAGAGGGGACCACAGCUGGGACAUUGAUGUUGGGGAGAAUACAUUCUGGUGCCUGGGUGUGACCCCAGAGUCUGUCUGGAUCUUCCUUCAUUAAGAACACUCCUGCUGAAACACUUGCACCUGUCAGAAAAUCAUCACUAUUAUAAUACGCUAUCACAAUAAUCACUGUUAAUAUUACAAUAAUCACUAUUAAUAUUACAAUAGUCACUGUUAAUAUCACAAUAAUCACUGUUAAUAUUACAAUAAUCACUGUUAAUAUUACAAUAGUCAUUAUUCAUAUUACAAUAAUCACUGUUAAUAUUACAAUAAUCACUGUUAAUAUUACAAUAGUCAUUAUUCAUAUUACAAUAAUCACUGUUAAUAUUACAAUAAUCACUAUUAAUAUUACAAUAAUCACUAUUAAUAUUACAAUAGUCAUUAUUCAUAUUACAAUAAUCAUUAUUCAUAUUACUAUAAUCACUAUUAAUAUCACAAUAAUCACUGUUAAUAUUACAAUAAUCACUAUUAAUAUUACAAUAGUCAUUAUUCAUAUUACAAUAAUCAUUAUUCAUAUUACUAUAAUCACUGUUAAUAUUACAAUAAUCACUAUUAAUAUCACAAUAAUCACUGUUAAUAUCACAAUAAUCACUGUUAAUAUUACAAUAAUCACUAUUAAUAUUACAAUAGUCAUUAUUCAUAUUACAAUAAUCACUGUUAAUAUUACAAUAAUCAUUAUUUAUAUUACUAUAAUCACUAUUAAUAUUACAAUAAUCACUGUUAAUAUUACAAUAAUCACUGUUAAUAUUACAAUAAUCACUGUUAAUAUCACAAUAAUCAUUAUUCAUAUUACAAUAAUCAUUAUUAAUAUUACAAUAGUCAUUAUUCAUAUUACAAUAAUCAUUAUUCAUAUUACUAUAAUCACUGUUAAUAUUACAAUAAUCACUAUUAAUAUCACAAUAAUCACUGUUAAUAUCACAAUAAUCACUGUUAAUAUUACAAUAAUCACUAUUAAUAUUACAAUAGUCAUUAUUCAUAUUACAAUAAUCACUGUUAAUAUUACAAUAAUCAUUAUUUAUAUUACUAUAAUCACUAUUAAUAUUACAAUAAUCACUGUUAAUAUUACAAUAAUCACUGUUAAUAUUACAAUAAUCACUGUUAAUAUCACAAUAAUCAUUAUUCAUAUUACAAUAAUCACUAUUAAUAUUACAAUAGUCAUUAUUCAUAUUACAAUAAUCAUUAUUCAUAUUACUAUAAUCACUAUUAAUAUUACAAUAAUCACUAUUAAUAUUAGAAUAACCAUUAUUCAUAUUACAAUAAUCACUAUUCAUAUUACAAUAAUCACUACUAAUAUUACAAUAACCACUAUUAAUAUUACAAUAAGCACUAUUCAUAUUACAAUAACCACUAUUAAUAUUACAAUAACCACUAUUAAUAUUACAAUAAUCACUAUUAAUAUUACAAUAACCAUUAUUAAUAUUACAAUAAUCACUGUUACUAUACAAUAAUCCAUAUUAAUACUAUUUAUCUAACACUUUCACCUGUCAGACAGUAAUCUCUAACAUCUGACCAAGUUUCCCAACAUUUUAGUUGUGUGUUAACAGAGAUUGGUCAAACAGUGGUAGUCAUCACUGUUAUAGAAUAUAAAUGUCACCUGUUGGUUGUUGGGUUUUCUUUUUACCACAUUUAGAUGUUGUCACUGGUUAUGUUAACACUGGCAUGUAUCCCAAUACACUUGGGCUUCCUGAAAAACA